AUGAUACCUCCUACAAGCACGUUCUGUUGCAUUCUUAUCGCAUUCGUUACCCUAGUUGAAUCAGACGACAAUGUUGGCCACCUCUUCAGGAAGCUGGCAGAAGUUAAACGGAAACAAGGACUUGACGAAACAUUUGAUACCCACAAAAUCUCCUACCCAAUCAAACAUCAUGUCAUUAAGCACGUUGAGGUUCUUCCUGUAAUCAGCGACUAUCAUUCAGUGAACAGAGAACGAUCGUCACUCAUCGCUUAUCAUCCCGUAUAUGGGCCUCUCCAUGUCAAGCCACUUUCGAAAGUUUCCUUAUCAGAGGUCAUGAACCUCCACAGUGGUGUUGCGCAUCUU